AUGGGAAGGGCGUGGGGUGGCGUGGCGUGUCUUGGCUAUGCCUGGCAAAGUAUCCCAUGGCGUGGCGUGACAUGGUGUGGCAUCGCGUGCUGUGGUAGAAGAGGUCGGGGUUCUGAUUGGAUUCGAUGGGAAGGGCGUGGCGUGGUGUGGCGAGGCAUGGCGUGGAGUGUCUUUGUUCCGCCUGGCGAGUCAUCACGUGGCGUGGCGUGGCACGGCUUCUCAUUCUGCGACAGAAAGGCACGGGGUUGGACGGGACACGAUGGUAAGGGCGUGGUGAGGUGUGGUGUGACUUUGCGUGCUGGGGCCGGAAAGGACGGGGUCGGUCAGGACCCAACGGGAAGGGCGUGGCGUGGUGUGACAUGGGGUGGCCUGGCGGGGCGAGGAACCACAACCCCGUGUGGCAGGAGUUCCAACGGAGAGAUGCGCGCUGCUCCGCACCACGCCGCUCGUCUCCGCCUCGCGCUGCACCGCUCCGCUCCGCGCGGAGCUCUCGCUGCAAGCGCCGGAUCCCUUCUGCAUUCCUGCUGCCUAAGUUUCGCUGGCGUCAGCAGUUCCGGCGGCGCGGCGCGGCGCGCCACAGCGCAGCACCCGACGGAAGCGCGGGCGGAGGGGAAGGCGAAUGCGGGGGCGGGGGCGGCGGUGGCCUUGCGGACUCUCCCUGCGGACCCCGCCGCCUCUGAAGCUCUUCCCCUCCGCCCGCCGCCACCGCCGCCGUCCGUCGCCCUCCGGCGUUGGGCCUUACUACAUUCGGGGUGGAUGCAUCGGAACUUGUGCCUACCCCGCCUGCUGCUUCGUAUCGUAUCUCUCUUGCCGCCUACGUCGACCUUCCUUCCCCCGUGUCCCCCUCUGUCCCCUCUGGGCCGAGCGUCUUUGCCGCCUCCGCCGCCGCCUGCACCCGCGCAGAUCCACUGCAUUUGCGCCCACCAACUUCAUUAA